AUGGAUGAACACUCAUUGGUCGUGUUUGAUGGCGGGUCUUUGCUUGUGCUGAACGAUGCAGACCGAGCACGCGUGCUUGCCAAGACAAUUCAAAGCGUCAACGACUAUUUCGACUCUCCCCUUGGAACGAUCAGCAAUGAUACUAUACCCGAUCUUGGACUCGACCUUGGUUUUGACUUCACACAAAAUCAGCCUUUCGAAGUGUACGAUCCAGGUGACACGCCAUAUCAACCACGGCCAUGUCGAGCAGAAAUCGUGCAAAUGGAAGAGGCCUGCGCCUCGGGUGAUAUGGCUGCUGUCCAGGCUGUGUUCCGUUCGGAAUGGGUUGAAAAACCGGCGGACGAUCGAAUAGACAAAGAUCAAUUCGCAAGUUCUUUCAAGGUCGCUAUAAAAAACGAUCAUCUGGCUGCCGCGUCCUUCCUCAUAAGUGUUGGGGUAAUGAUGGAUUUGGCUCAUUUCAAGUGCGCUCUGGAGCUGAAAGCGUAUCCAUUCCUACAACUCUUCCUGGAGCAUGGAUUUGAUAUCAACGAGCAGCUGAGCUGGAGUGAACCUGGGCCGCUGACGUAA